AUGACGACGCGACGAACAACGGUGACUGAAAGAUGGGAGUUACAGUUCAUGUCUCUUCGAGUUUUUACAAUUUCAAGAUUUCUCUUCUUCUUGGUUGGACUCUCCCUUAUUUUGUCGCUUCCUAAUUGGUUGCCACUCUUCUAUAUAUCUCGUUACCGGUCCCUUUUAUCUGACUCUCCUGCCAUAGUGUUUUCUUCGAUGUCCCUUUUCCAUUUGGUUGAACUCUUUCUCUCCAUGCCUCUCGUCCCUCAUUCAUUUGGUGAUGAUUUAUUGAAGAUUUUAUUUCCAAGUCGUUGCUUUUUGUCUUUUUUUAUCCUUACCACUUGGUCUGAUAUCUUAUCUCCCGCUUAUUGCACCCUCCCACGGACUUGGUCUAUUCUCCAUUCCUUUCAACAAAAAUCAGUAGCUGUGGUUUCGCCUAUACUACUUGAUACAUCAACACUGGUGAAUCCUGUAAUUAAGAUCCUUCCUUUUAUUGUAUCACGAUUGAUACGUUCGCUUGCCUUCUUCACUGAAAUGACUAUGUUAUGUGGCCAAAUUGAAGUGUGGGAUAUCUAA